AUGCCAGCGUUUGAUCCAGUGCGCGAUGCUGUCCUCAAUUCACCCGUCGACUCCCCCGGACCCCAUUUUGCCAGAACACCGCUGACAGGAUCUCCACAGCUCGCCCGCAGAGCCACCCAUCUCUCCGUGCUCCUCAACGACGACAACGACCAUCCCCCGCCCCACCCACGCCCCUCAUCUAUACACUCCCUCCUCCAUUCCGACAGCGACGACACACUAGCCAGUUUUGAGCCCAUUCGCCGUUCUUCAAUGGACAUCAACUACAUAUCUCCGCCCACAUCCAGAAGACAAUCCAUCGUUGAAUCUCCCCGCCCUUCUUCGUCCUCGGCCAGAUCCUCCGCCUCGCCGGCGAUCCGACCUCCCAGCAACCUCCCAUACAACCCGACGAAACGCAUAACGAAGGCAGACUCCGUCCUCAUCCCGCUCUCACCCCAGGAGAUGGACAUGUACAAGAACUACCGCGGCCAGGGCGCAGCACGCCUCACGGCCAAACGCAAGCGCGGAGCAAGUCAAGAGCCUGACCCUGUGGAUAUUCGAUCUGCGAAGAGGCAUAUGGGAGAUGUUGGCGUUGUUGUGGAACACUACAACUCACGUCCCGAGAUUGGUGUCGUCCAGCGACAGGACUCACCCAUAAUUGGCCUCAAAAAUUUCAACAAUUGGGUGAAAUCUGUGCUGAUAACGCGCUACGCUCAUCCGGCGCUUGAGACAAGCGCCGUCAGAAGUGAAGGUCGGGGUAGAGCGCGAGGCAAGGUUCUUGAUAUGGGUUGUGGCAAAGGAGGCGACAUAACCAAGUGGGCCAAGGCCUCUGUCAAAGAACUUCUGGCUGCCGACAUCGCUGCUGUGUCUGUCAAUCAAGCGCGGAAUCGGUGGGAAGGGCUGCGAGGUCCUCGCUUCGAUGCCACGUUCGCAGCUCUAGACUGCUAUACAGAACCUCUUUCCAAAGCAUUUGCACCCGCCAAGCUAGCCCAACCUUUCGACGUAGUGUCCAUGCAGUUCUGCAUGCACUAUGCGUUCGAAAGCUUGCAAAAAGCGCGCUGUAUGCUCGACAACGUAAGUCGAUAUCUACGAACAGGUGGAGUCUUCAUUGGUACAAUACCCAACUCUGAACUGCUGCUAGAACACCUAGAUGCUAUCCCCCCAGACUCUAAAGACAUUUCUUUCGGCAACAGUAUCUACAGGAUAACCUUUGAAAGUCGCGACGUGCGACCUAUGUUUGGCCAGAAAUAUUGGUUCUUCCUAAAAGAUGCUGUCGAAAAUGUCCCUGAGUAUAUCGUGCGGUGGGAUAAUUUUGUUCAGCUGGCAGCAGAAUAUGGUCUACACGCCAUCUACAAGGAAGAGUUCCAUCAAGUAUUCUCCGAGAAUCAAGACCACCACGAAUUCAAACCUCUUCUUGUUCGCAUGAAAGUGGUUGACAACGAUGGCGCGAGCGCGAUGGACGAGGAUCAGUGGGAGGCUGCGAACAUUUACAUCGCCUUCGCCUUCGAAAAGCGGUAA